AUGCCAGCGAGACCUGCGUCUGGAAAAAAAGGUGGAAAGGAUGAUAAAAAAGGCAAGAAGGGUGCUGUAAAAACCGGUGUAGCUGAUCCAAAUCAAGAACGAAUUGAUGGUUUAAUACGUGAACGGGAAGAAAUUCGUUCAAAAUUAAAUCUUGUCUGUUCAAAAAUCAUGGAAAAUGUGAAUAUGGAUGAUUUUAAAAAUGAUUAUGAUUCAACAAAACAACAACCAUCUGAUAUCCCUAUUGAUACUAUAUAUUCCAUGGUUGAUCAAAUAUGUUAUUAUCGUGUUGCUUUUUUAAAUCUUUUUCAAGAAGCUGAUGAUAAUAAAAAUGUAUCUGUACACAAAAAAAUAACACAAUUAUCCAAUGAUGAUCCUGAUCUAUUUCGUCAACAUCUUACACCAUAUCAACGUUUAACAUUUACUAUACGUGAACGUGAUACAUGGAAAGAAAAUGCUCAUUUAUUACAAGAAAUAUUCGGAAAUCUUAAAAAUAAUCAAAUAUUUUUUUUUCUUUUAGUUGAUCAACUAGAAAUGGAAACACUUCAAAAAUCCAAGACAAAAGCUGAAGAUAUUCUUAAAACACAUCAACUUAAUCUUGAAGAUAUUUGUUUUAUAUUUUCUUUACCACGUAUUUUAUCAAUUAAUGAAGCUCAAAAAUUACGUGCGAAAAAACCAGUUCAUGACUCUCGUGAUCAACAAACAACUGUAGAUCAACAAGAAAAUACAGAUGAUACAAAUAUUUCAUCGAAUGAUAUGGCAUUAAAAUCUCAAUCAUCAAAUCAAAAUAGUACUAAUGAACGUCGUAAUCAGCAUUCAGCAUCAAUGAAACGAAAUGUAUCGUUUGCUGAUGAAGUUAAUGUACGAAAUGAUGAUGAUGAUAAAACAGAUUUUAAUCAUAACAAUGAAUUACCAUCAACAGUCAUGUCACAUGAACAAACCGGUGAAGAUAAUUUUUCAUCAAUAUCACUUGGAAAUUCUCCAUCGUUAAUUUUAUCAGAUCGUAAUUCAACAGAAGAAAGAAUAAAUGAUAGUGAUUAUCAUUCAAUAUCAUCUGCAUCAUCACAUCAUCAUCAUCAUCAACAACAACAAUAUGACGCACCUUCACAAUCAACAAAAUACAAUUUACCAUCAAAAUAUCGUCUUCCAUUAGCUAGCGAAGUAACAGUAAAUAAAAUGGAUCCAAAUUUACGUAUGUUAAUUAUUAAAGAACUUAGUAGAAGUGGUCAUGUAGAAAGACCACUUUCACGAAUGAGUUCGGCUCGUCCUAUAAAUACUCAUAAUGAUAAAGUCAAUUCUCGUCAACAACAACGACAACAAAUAGAAAAUGUACCAGUAACUAUAUCACCAGAAUGGGUAGAAUUAGCACGACUAGUUGGAGUUGAUGAACCAGAAAUUGAUCAUUGGUUAUCACAAAAUCUUCAAUAUCCAGCAGGACGAGUUAUUUCUGCCUGGUGUAAUUCUUCUUCAACUCCAACUGUUGCUAAACUUCAUUCUCUACUUACAUCAAAUGAACUAAAUCGACAUGACCUUGCUCGUUAUAUUGAAACAAUGUAUAUUAUUGAAUAA